AUGGUCAGGAAAAGACCAAGAAGCUCUCUGGGUCACGUUCCUAUUGAUACAAUGUCUUCUUCGCCGAUUCAAGAGAAAAUUCCAAAGUUGAGUAGUCGUAAUUUAGGUGAAGAGCAUACUCCAACACGAUAUAAAAUAACUAGAAGAGAUCCUAAAAUUGUUAGGAAAUUAAAUAACUCAACGAAGGAUUCACUUUUUUUUAGCAAUGAGUCAUUUAAUAAACAUAUACCGAAGAGUCCAAAUCGAGAACCUACCAUCAAUAUAUCAGAUGAAAUCGAAAAUAGCAAUGAAGAAAGUGACGGAUUUGAGCCUUUAGAAGGAAGUCCUCCAAUGCAUCGCAAGCAACGUCCUCGAAAAAGUAGUUCAGUAGGUCUAUUGAUAUCAUCUCCAGUUUCGUCCCGUAAUCAAGAAAACUCUUCAGUUAGACCAAGUAAAUUGAGCUUGAGUGUGAUGGGUACGCUAACUACUAUUGAUUAUAAAGGGGAGAGAGAAAGUAAAAAAAGUAUAAUUAUGUCUUACACUAGAGAUAUGAAAUCACGAAAGAUGAGAUUUACGUUUAAAGGUAACGAAGUUAAAGGAAGUUGUAUAUAUCUUCCGCGUGAUUGCAAGGAAAUAUUUGCCGAUAACGAUAAUACUUCCUUUGGAAUUCUAUUUGUAAAGCCAAAGGCUAUUACACUUUUAGCAAAUCUUCAAAAGGUUAUCGAAGUUAGAGGUGUACUAUGGCGUAAUAGUGACUCAACAAACAAACUACAUUUAAAAAGACUCUGGGAUGAUUUGUCUGUGGAUGAUAAUUCUAAUAUUAAAAAUGUUCCCAAACGAACUGACGUGUUAACAAGCUUAGAAGCGUCAAUAUCCCAAACUGCUAAACAAGUAGUAGCAUUGCGAACGAAGAAAUAUGACUUUGAGCCACCACCAAGUUUUCUCCAUAAAGCUGACGCACUGAGUUCCUUAAAUAAACGAGGUAUUCAAAAACGAAUAUCUCACUUCACAUCUUCAGUUACGAAAAUUCCAAUCCCAAAAGACAGAUUAGAGACCUUCAUUAAUGAUAUACCCCCAACAAAAUUUUAUUCGAACUCCUCAAAGGCCACAUUGGAUUCGAAACGAUUAGAUGUUAUACCAUCACCUUCAGAGUUCAAUCUUCGAAGAUCUACAAGAGCUAAAGGUACUCAGCAACGAAUAACCGCUUUUGAAGAUAUCGAUUCAGAGUACGAAACACCCGAACCGUUCAAACCGUCAUUAUGCUAUAAGUUUGAUGAUUCAACGAGUUACACCAUUACAAACCAGGAUUUUAAAUGUCUUUAUAAUAAGGAUUGGAUAAAUGAUACAAUUCUAGACUUCUUUACCAAAUAUUUUAUUGAAGAGUCCAUCAAAAAAAAUAUUAUUUCUAAAUCAGAAGUCUCGAUCAUGUCGUCUUUUUUUUAUACUAAACUAAUAAGUGAUCCUGAAAAUUAUUAUGAUAAUGUAAAAAAGUGGGUAUCAAAUUCAAAUUUGUUCGAAAAAAAGUACGUAGUGAUUCCUAUCAACAUGAAUUUCCAUUGGUUUGGUUGCAUUAUUACAAAUUUAGAUGAAUUGCUAAAGUUUGUUAAAGAAAAUUCGGUAACAUUACGUGGAGAAAAGAGGAAUCCUAUAGAUACCAUUAAAAUUUCUGCUCCAAUAAAAUCAGGAAAGGAGAAUGCUUCCAAAAUUUUAGAUGACCCUAAGGACCACAACAAUGGGGGCCAUAUAGACGGUAACACCAACAGUACACAAGAAGAUAUGGAUGAUAUAGCCUCUACAGAAACUGUGAACCUUUCAGAAAGCAUCACCGAGGAUAAAACUAAUCAUUUUACUAAUAUGGAUAAUCAACGACAGUCUAACGAGGAUGCAGAACCUUCUGAUACAACAGUGCCCCCAGAAACAGAACAACUAGAAAUUGGGACACCUAUUAUUCAAAUAUUGACAUUUGACUCCCUAAGGCAAAAUCAUAGCCGUGAAGUGGAUGCUAUUAAAGAAUUUAUUAUUGGUUAUGCCAGAGAUAAAUAUUCUUUAGAAAUCGAUAAAUCUUUGAUAAAGAUGAAAACUUGCUUGGUUCCACAGCAACCAAAUAUGAGUGAUUGUGGUGUACACGUAAUAUUGAAUACACAGAAAUUUUUUGAGAACCCGAAGGAAACUUUAGAAAUGUGGAGGAAUUCCAAAGUUCGAAGUAAAUCUGCUUCAAAGAAGAUUAAUUUAUACUUCGAGAAAAGUUCUAGAGGCCAAGCAAGAAGAAAAUUAAGGGACAUUUUACUGCAUUUGCAGAAAAAGUACAUUGCGUAUUUGAAAGAGAACAACCUUUAUACAGAUGCGGAUGAGGAUGGAAAUAGAGAUUUCAAUGACGACUCCAACGAAGAAAUAGAAAUUAUUGAAAACUACGAAGAUCCUGUGAAAAAACAAGAGCAAGAACAGCAGCAAUUUGAACACAACAAACAAUCACAAGUUCCAAAUUUAGUCAAAUCUGAUAGCCAAAAGGAAAAUGAUGAGAAUAUCGCAACUCAUAACACCGAAUAUGCUUCUAAUGAGGAGAGGAAUCUUACUUCAGAGCCACCAAGUCCUGGAUUAUCUCCAAAAAAAGAAAACGGUAUUGCGGAAGUGGGAGAAGGUACUAAAAACUCUAUUUUAGACAAAGCUGACCAUCAGAAAGCUGGAGGCUCGGUGGAAGAAAAUGAAUAUAUUCACAAUGACUCUCUGUUUCUCCCGAUGUCAGACACGUCAGGACAUAUCCAAUUCAAGAUGCUGAAAACAUCAACAGAAUCACCUGACUUGGAGCCGAAGAGAAACUUCUUGGACAGUUCACCCAUCAAAUCCCUUGGUACUGAGUCCAGAUAUACACAGCCUGAAACAGGAACGACAUCAAGAUACUUUGGGAACUCUCUUCUAAAAGACCGCGUCCAGGAAUUCGGCAGUAUUCACCCAACUGAACGCCGAUCAGUAUCCUCAGAUACUGAAAACAGUGAUAAACUGAAAUCAGAAAGGGCAGGUGCAUCGCAUACAUCCAUUUUGACUUCUCAAAAAGAACAUCUCCAUCCUUCAUCGUUACAUGCCGAAGAUAUUUCUGAAAGAAUACCGAAGUCAGAAGGUGACCAUGAUGAUAAUGAUGUAUACCUAAUUGCGGAAAACGGUGAUGAUAAUAAUGAUAUGAGGACUUCAAGGGCUCAGAUAAGCCAAAAGAGCGACGAUAAAAUAGAAGAGAUUAAGAAGAAUCUGGCUAGAGAAUUGGAACAUUCGAGUUCAGAAGAAGUGGAACUAAAUAUGCCUAAUGAAUCUUUAACAAGUCCCAAAAGAUUUUCGACAGAGGUUAAUGACAAAAGGAAAUAUAUCCUUGAAGGUGAUUCUAACAUUGAGGAACCUGAUGGGCGAUCAAUGGCUGAAAUUCAUAGCAUUUCAUUAGAUGAUGAUUAA